AUGGCUAUUAACUGGAACGAUCCGACUGUACUGGCCGCACAGUAUCUGGACUUCAUUAAGCUACAACAUGCACUUGGAGGUGUCCUCAUCUGGGAGCUCGUAACGAGCUUGUCCUUCGACUACAAUCUGCUCAAGAAGAUCUCGCAGCACCAAGGGCAAGCAUGGGCGAAAUGGUUCUACUUGGCCUGCCGGUAUACAGCGCUUGGUGGCGUUGUUACGAUCUUUGCCGGCUUCAACGUGACAUCGGAGAUCAACUGCAAGACGUGGAUCAUCUUUGUCUUCAUUUGGGCGUUCCUUGCGAUACAGUGUGCUUCGACACUGGUGGCCAUACGUGUCAUCGCGAUAUGGAACAAGUCCAUGUACAUCAUGUGCCUAUGUGGCGCUAUCCUUGCAGCCCAACUGGCUUUCUUUUUCCGUGAACUCGCAGAGGCAGACGCAGCGUGGGUGCCCCUUCAGGCUACCUGCCUCGUUUUGAAUACGCAGACGAGCCAGGCGAAUGUAACUGUGACCCUGUGCACGGACGUCAUCCUUCUGGUCUCGAUGCUCAUCGGGUUGCUGCGGAGAAGACAGGCCCGCACGUACGGCCUUUGGAGGGUGCUCUGGAAUCAGGGUCUGAUGUGGCUCGCACUCGCCACGAUCGCUGAGGUCCCAACCGUGAUCUUCCUAUGGCUUAACCUGAAUCAGGUGAUGAACUUGAUGUUCUUCACACCAGAGAUGAUCAUCCUCGUCAUCGGAGCAACGCGCAUGUACCGCGCGCUCUCAGACUUCACAGGCGCAUACAAUCCGAGCGGUGUAUCAGCAUCUGCGCGCAGUGCACCGGACAUCACUCCAAUGCGCCGUAUGCGCGCACCGCAGACCGACACCGGUUUCAGCGCCGUAGUACCCCUCGAAGUCGACGUCCACCGGACAUUCGAGGAGCACCAAGAGACGGACAAGCGGUACAUAGCUGAUUCCGACAUCAAGUCUGGGGAGUACCCGGAAGGAAAAUACGGCGUCAAUGCCGUCUAA